UCAAAUUGUUUAUAUAUAGUUCUACAACUUUCAUGACUGGUAUUUCAACUAUUACCGAAGUGGUAUUAAGUGGUAUUUAGUGGUAAAAAUUUAAUAUGAUUCUCAAUUACAAAAUUUUUCGUGUCAAAGUGGUGAAAAAAGUGUUUUUGUGAUCAAAAGGUUAAUAAAGGAUUAUUGAGGAUCAUUUUUUCGAGAUGUUGAAGAUACACAUGUUGGAACAAAUCAUCACAAAUGAUAACAGGGAUAAUGGUGAAGGAGGAGAAAGACGUCAACACAUUGGCUGGACGUCUCAACAUGGUGCAAAUGCAGGGGCACAAAACCCUGUGUCUCCGGAACGAAUUACGAAUACACCAAAUGGCAGGGAAAGGUUGACCAAUGGAAAUACACCUAGUCCACAAGCAAAUGGUGCACCUGAGAGAUUGAGAGGAGCAACUCAGGACCUGUUCGAACUUUUGGAACGCGUUCAGAGUUCCAGAAUUGACGACCAGAGAUGUUCUUUGCCUCCUUACUUCUCACAGACGACCAAAGGGUACCGCCUCUACCAAAUUCCCAAAACCACCAAAGUCUACAGCCUCACCAUCUGCAAUCUAACCAAAGUUCACCAGGGCUCCUGACGUCGUCUCAAAGGGCUCUGAGGGCAGUCCUUCAUGACAGGAGGAAUUCGUCUCAGAACCAACUGCCGAUGGUGGUUCUUCCACCAAAUGGUGGUUAUUGGGUUGAUGGCACCGAUCAUGAAUUGAGUGAUUCUAGGACGCCUUUGCAUGUUGUCAGUUCUUGGAGGAGCAAAUUUGAGACGGAUGAUACUGCCAAGUGUUAUAGGCGAUUCUUUGUUGGAAGGGAGCAUUCAAACCUGGUAGGCCACGACGACGUCCUAGGGCCAAUCCUGCUAUCAAUAAAAUCAGAAAAUGUAGCCAAUCAAGAACACACACGAGUCCUUCUCAGGAUGCGGUCAGGAACAUCACACCAACUUAUCUCAAAUGCCUGUUUGGGACCUUUACCAUCUCCUGUAAAAAUAGCAAAAUGGUUGCUGGACAACCUCAACGUUGAUAAUUUUAUGCCUGUGGUGUGCCCAAGAGCCUCAAAUCUGAUAGCCGGUUAUGAUGAACAUGUCAUAGUGUCCACUUUUAAAUUCGGAGUUCUGUAUCAAAAGUAUGGUCAGAUCACAGAAGAGGAAUUGUUUGGCAACAGGACGAGUUCGCCAGCUUUUGACGAAUUUUUGGAUAUGUUGGGAAGAAGGAUACCGCUGAAGGAUCAUAAAGGGUACAGAGGCGGUUUGGAUAUUCAGAAUGGGCAUACUGGCGAAGAAGCCUUGUACGAGGUUUUUCGUGAACGUGAAAUAAUGUUUCAUGUUAGUACAAUGCUACCAUACACAGAUGGAGAUCCUCAGCAGUUGCAACGGAAACGACAUAUCGGAAACGAUAUCGUGGCCAUAGUUUUUCAGGAACAGGCUACACCAUUUUGUCCUGAUAUGAUUGCUUCGCAUUUUCUGCACGCUUAUAUUGUUGUGCAACCUGUUGAACCUAAUACACCAAAUACUAGAUAUAAAAUUAGUGUAACAGCCAGAGACGACGUUCCAUUCUUCGGGCCAACUUUACCAACUCCGGCAGUUUUUCGAAAAAGUGCAGAACUCAAAGAGUUUCUUCUUACCAAGUUGAUAAACGCGGAAAAUGCUUGUUAUAAAGCUGAUAAAUUCGCCAAAUUGGAGCAGAGGACAAGAGCAAGUCUCCUGCAAAAUUUGGUCGAGGAAUUGAAGGAAAAAACAAGAGACUUUUUAGGAGGAGGAGCUGAAGGCAUGGUCAGGACGCCCACGCCGGAUACACCAAAGUCUGAAGGUGGUGCUGGUUCACGAUUCAUAGACACGGUGAAAAAGGUGCUGACAUCCAGAGUCAAAUCGCAGAGUUCAGACAACAGUCCGCCUCUGGAUCACAGACAUCAGCCUCUUACAUACAAAAGGUCUAAAGACAUGUCUUUAGUAAUAACAGAAAAUAUACCGACUACACCUAAUAGUGGAAGAUCGAUGAGUAUCAACGGUUCAAGCAACAAACAGCACAGCAACAAACAUUCUUCAUCGAUCAACAAAUCACCAACUGAUUCCAAUGGAAGAUCAUACAAUAAUAUUAAUAACAAUAGGAGUUCUCUAUCGAAUGCACCAACUAUUGCAAUGUCUGAAACCAGCGAUGAUUCUUCCCUGAACAGUGUCGACUUGGAUCCACUUGAUUAACACCUAUUUCUAUUACUACCAGGUGGGACUUAUGUAGACAGCGAUACAGGUUUAGAAUCAAUGUCUUCAGCCGAAGCCCAACCUCGAUCCUGCGGUCUCUGCCAAAAUCCUCCUCAAGAAAUGAUAUCGUCUUCAUCGCCUUCAAACAACGAAGUUUUGAAGCUGGAUUCGUUGAAACAGGAGGUCACCAGAUUGAAGUGCGAUAAGUUGGAUUUGCUGAGACAGAAUGUGACAUGUCAACGUGACAUCAAACGUCUCAGAGAACGUGAAUUGGCACUUCAAGGAGAUUUGGCAGCAGCCGGUAAAGAAAUUCUUCGCCUGCAAGAUUUGUUAAAGGACAGCGCUUAUAAUGUUAACAGUUGUGGAAUUCAAGAAACGAAUGGUCUUAAUCAUAUGUCAUCGUUAUAA